AUGGAUACGGGAAAAAUAUUUUUGCCCCCUAACAUAGCUCUGCCGUGUAAGUUAAAAUGGGCUGUAGAUAACAACAGCAUAGUUAGCUCGAAUCAAAUAAUUGCAUUUCUCAUUGAAACGGGGAACGACCGCAUUGACGCGGAGCGAACGGGAGAAUCUCACACGCAGAGACCCCUCAUAGGCCAGUGGCCCACAGACGAAGGCUCUUCCGAGCGGAGGAACUUCCAUUUGGGAAGCAACGAAGCGGACGUUACACCCUAUGGAAAAUCAAAAAACGGAGAAGAAGGAGCAACCCGAUUAGCCACUCAAAAUGAUAACAACUGCGAAAAUACGCUCACGAAUGUGUGUGAAGAAAUACGCAGCAGUGUAGGAGAUCAUUACACAGAGAAUCUUCUAAGAAGAGACUCGGUCGAUGGUGUAGCUAGCCAAGGUACAUUUCCAGACAGGGAAACAAGCACAGACACAGGAGACAACCUCGAUGUAGGAAAUAAUCAAUCGGAGGAAAGAAGAAACGAAUCGACAAAUGAAAAAAAUAACUUCAUUAAUUUAAUUCUAAACAAUAAGAACAAUUGUGACAUUAAAAAAAACAGCUAUGUCACCUUGCGAAGUAGCAGUUAUGGCAGAAUCCGCAUAAUAAAACAGAACCCGUUUUCGGAAAAGGACGAAUAUAUCCACAUUAACAGUCCGAAUGAAUUGUUAUGCGAAAUUAGUGAUGAGAGGUGCAACCACGAAGUGAUUUUCUCGGGAUUAUGUACCAAUUGCUUCUUAAAUCAGGAAGAGAUUAACAAGAAUAAAGAAGAACAGAAAUAUUUCUUGUCCCCUGGGUUUUUAACCAACGAGAAGGAGCUGUACAUAAACACAGAUAAGGUCAUCGAUUUGGAGAAGGAACGAAUUAGUAACAUCAUUAAGAAUAGAAAAUUGUGCCUGGUGCUUGACCUGGACAACACCUUGCUGCAUGCAUCUUUUUUUGUUAUCUCGAUAAAUAUUAACAGCGAUGUGAUAAACAUUACGACAGAUAUUGACGAGGAGUUGGAGGGUGAACUGGGGUGCGCAGGGGGGGGUGACAAAGAUGGUGGAAAAUGUAGUGGCAACGGUGGUGGCGGCAAAGAGGAUCCCAUCGAUCACCGCAUCCACUAUCGCAGCGGAAAUGGUAACCCUCCGUGCAGCGCCCGACUCCGUGAUGCCACGAUUUCCCCCCACUGUGUAACCGAUUUCCCAUUCGAGGAAAACUGCGACUCGUUGGAGGGCGGCGCGAGGAACAGCAAGAAGGAGGACAACGUGGAGGUGGAGGAUGAGACAAGGGGGAUCAACGUCCACGGGGAGGAGGCCCUUCCCCAUGGCGUCCAGGAAUUCGAUGCGGGUGGAGGUCCAGAUGGUGAUGGCGAUUGUGAUGGUGAUGAGGAUUGUAAUGGCGAUAACGAUUGCGAUGACAUGUUAUCACCCGAAAUGAACCAAGACGAAAUGUACUCCAUUUUCUGCCAAAAAAAAAACAACGGAAUGGAUGACAUGAACAAAUAUCAGGACAUAAAAUCAAGCUAUGAAAAUUAUUGCGAUUUUUUGGCCAAAAUGAAUACCAUAAAUUUGUUAAAACAUAAUGGAAAAUUUAUACAUUAUGAAAAUUUGAAGGACAAAAAUAUAAAAAAAAAAAUCGAUAAAUUGGAACAUUCCGUCCUGAAAACAAAUGUGAAACAUCACAAAGGGUCAUAUACUAUUUAUUACAAAUUGAGACCUGGCGUGAUUCAAUUCUUACAAACAAUGAAUAGGAAAUAUGAAAUAUAUCUGUACACGAUGGGGACUUUGGAGCAUGCGAAAUCUUGUUUAUUAUUAUUGGAUCCCCUUAAGAAAUUUUUUGGGAAUCGAGUUUUCUCCAGGAAAGACAGUGUCAAUGGGUUGAAACAUUUGAAUCGCAUAUUGCCCACAUAUCGCAGUGUCUCCCUCUGCAUUGAUGAUAGUGAUUACAUGUGGAAGGAAAGCAGCUCGUGCAUUAAAGUACAUGGCUACAACUACUUCCCAGAGAUUAACUUCUUAGAGGAUAUUAAAAGGAAGCCCUACUUUUUAACGAAGUUUUUUGCUAUGGCACAGUCCUACUUGAAUUUCUCAUCUAACCUUUACGGAUUUAUUAAUUUUAAAUGCAGUGAAUAUGAAAGGAUGAGAAUUCAUCGUUUUAGAAGCGUGUUGUACAGCGAGUGCACGAGUUGGGGCGUCCCUUACAACGGCUCAAUGGCACUGGGUGGUGCGUGCCAGAUGGUCGAUCAGGGCUGCGCAGAGGAGGGUGAGGAUGACCUCUGCGAAGGGGAGAAACUGGGGCCAAUCUCUGGAGUAGCCAUUGGAGUGGCCAUUGGAGUAUCCACCGGGGUAGCCACCGGAGUAGCCACAGGAAUACCCUCUAGAACCUCUCGUGGUGACUCCUCGCAGCUGAGUGUAUACCAUUUCAAGGCGGAAAGCACCUCAGUGAAGGAAGAAAGGGAAGACGCGUUAGCUGUACGAAGAGGAAAUUCCCUUAGUGGAAACAGCGACAGCAGCAAUGAGGACGAAUUGGACGAGUCCUUCGAAGACAACUUCAUCGAUUUAGACAAAGAAUUCGAAACGGACAGUGAAGAGGGUGACAUUAGUGUGAUGGAUCCCAAGAUUGAAAGUAACUCGUGCAACCUAAAUUUACAAAACGGUUUGGAAUUUCUUGAUGACACGCAGGAUUAUACCAAGGAGAAAGAAGUACCGAUGCAGCAUUUUAGUGGAGAGCACGUCGAAAGUACCUUUAUCGUAGGAACGAAAAAAGGAAUUGUUAAGAGGGACCAUCUUUCGAAUUUUUAUCCAAAUGAUGAUACGCCUGACCGUGUGAACAACCCCAAUUUGUUCUACAUGGAAAAACCUACUGAGGAAAAUAUAAAUAAUAACUUCUCUCCACAGAGUGACAAUAAUUUUUUUGUGAAUGCAGAGGGUUUGAAUGGAAGAAGCCCCACUAGUAGUGUCCCCCUGAAUGAUAGAAGCUGUGCAGCUGAUUUGACAUCCGAAAGGUUCAUUCCGUUUGAGGACGAAAUUAUUUACAAGUUCAUUUCAGAGAGGAACUUUAGGAAGUACGAUAACUAUGUGGUGGGGUUUCUGCGCAGUUAUUUCAAGGGGGGGAGGCUGACCCGGGGGGGUGAAGGGAAACAGGAGGGGUUCGCCGAGGGGGAUGCUAGUGCGGAUAAUAGCAUUGGUGCUGAGGUGGGUCCUCAGAUAGGUGCUGGGGUAGAUGCUGAGGUAGAUGCUAACGUGGAUGCUGAGGUAGAUGCUGAUGUAGAUGGUGAGAUAGAUACUGAACCAUAUGCCGAUAUAGAUGCUGACGUGGGGGACGAUGAGGAGGGCCUCGCGGUUGGCGGGGAAACAGUCCGAGAGAACCCCCACAGGCGUCACCGCGAAGGAAAAGGCGACAAGGAAAUUAAGACAGAAAGGGAGGACCAGCAACUCUAUCGGGGGGGUCGAUUCAGAGGGGAGGCCUCCUCUACGCAGAACACUAUAAAGAGAGUAGAAAAAAAAAUAAAAAAAACGAAAGUAAAAAAGCUAAUUCAUUUUGGCAAUUUAAGGAAAAGAAAAUCUACCGACUUGAGAACAGUCAACAAGAGUGAUGACCCAAGUCAGCCUCCCCCAUCGACUGGAAGGGAUAGCGAUCAGAAUCUAGGUAAAGACGGAGCAUCAAAUCAAAAUGAAUACUACGAAAGCUUUUGUAUACCCAAGAAUUUCAACGAAGGAAAUUAUAAAGACAAUGAUAAGCAGCUACAUUAUUUAACAGCCAUACUGGACGAAAUACAUCACAUUUUUUACAAAAUUUUUGAGCAUUUUAAAAUACAUAAAACGAAUGAAAGGAAUGAAGAGGAUCAGAUAUACAAUUACUUUUUGCGUUACCCGAUAGUUAGGACCAUAUUGAUUGAAUUCCGCAGACAUGUUUUGAAGGACUGCACCUUCAACGUUUCGCAACUGUCCGAUGAGAUACGGAGGAGCGAUUUUAUGGAUCACAUUUUGAAGUUAGGCGGAACCAUAAACAAUGAAAACUACACGCACAUUUUAACAGUAAACAAUUUCAUAAAAAAUGAGAAUUGGAAAGAUGCCAAGGUUACAAAUUUGAUGUGGAUUGAACGAGCCUUGUACACAUGGACGAAGGUCGACACGAAGCAUUACGACAUGAGCUCGUGGGACAAAAUGCACAGAAACUUCUGGGACGUCAUUGAAUAUGAAGAAAAAAAGAAGAAAAAAAUGAAGUCAAGUGUGUCGAAGUGA